AUGCAAUACAAAGCCCCGACCGAGAUCCAAGCAGAGGUGCUCCCGCACGCGCUCCAGGGACGCGACAUCAUCGGCGUCGCCUCGACGGGCUCCGGCAAGACCGCCGCGUUCGCGCUGCCGAUCCUGCAGAAGCUGUGGGAGGAGCCGAAGGGGCUGUUCGCGUGCGUGCUCGCGCCGACGCGCGAGCUCGCGGUGCAGAUCGCGCAGCAGUUUGAAAGUAUUGGGAGCGCGAUGGGCGUGCGGUGCGCGACGAUCAUUGGGGGCGUGGAUAUCAUGGCGCAGAAGGUCGCGCUUGCGAAGAAGCCGCAUAUUGUGGUUGCGACGCCGGGGAGGCUGAAUGACCAUCUGGAGGAGACGAAGGGGUUUAGCUUGAGGAGUCUGCAGUUCUUGGUCCUAGACGAGGCCGACAGGCUGCUUGACAUGGACUUCGGUCCUAUUAUCGACAAAAUUCUAAAGGUCAUCCCCAAGGAGCGGACAACAUACCUCUUCUCGGCGACGAUGACUACGAAGGUGGCGAAACUUCAGCGCGCAAGCUUGUCAAAUCCUGUCCGCAUAGAAGUGAACUCGAAAUAUUCGACUGUAUCGACAUUGCUGCAAUACUACCUCUUAAUACCGCUCCCCCAAAAGGAUGUGCACCUCAUCUACCUCGCAAACACACUUGCACAAAAUUCGAUCAUCAUCUUCACUCGGACUGUGCACGACGCUCAACGGCUGUCAAUAAUUCUCCGAACACUUGGCUUCCCGGCGAUACCAUUACAUGGACAGCUCAGUCAGAGCGCCCGUCUCGGCGCGCUGGGGAAAUUCAAGAGUGGCGGUCGGAAAGUGCUCGUUGCGACCGACGUCGCGAGUCGAGGUCUCGAUAUCCCCUCAGUAGACGUUGUCAUCAACUACGACAUUCCCACACACUCCAAGGACUACAUCCACCGUGUUGGCCGUACCGCGCGUGCCGGACGGUCGGGCAAAUCCGUCACUCUCGUCACUCAAUACGACGUCGAGCUUGUGCUGCGCAUCGAGCAAGUGAUCGGGAAGAAGAUGGAGCUGUGGCCUGUCGACAAGGAAGAAGUCGCCCUGCUACGGGAGCGUGUGGACGAGGCUGGCCGGCUUGCGACAAGCGAGAUGCGGGAGCAGGGCAUCCGGGGCGGACACAAGAAGCGCAAGCGUGGAGGGGAGGAUGGUGGCAAGGGAGAUAUGGACCGGGACGACGAUGUCCACGAGGCCGGCAUGCCGAUGCACAAGAAGAAGGGCAAGAGCAGCAGGCGGUGA